UAUAAACGUCAAUAUUUUUGUUCUAAGUCGACCAAGACAUUUAACUCGAUAAUUUUCGGGUGUUUAGUGUUUGUGUCAGACUUUAAAAUGUUGGUACAAGUUUGACGACCCGAGAUAGUGAAGAAAUAAGCUUAUGUCGUCCUGUAAACAAAUCAUCACGUAUUGGGACAUUAGCUGGGCAUGGAUGUAUCACCGGAAACAUUUAACUACUUCCGGUAACUGGUCUCUCUAGACGUCACGUGCCUCAGCCAUGCAGUUCAAUAAACUUGUAGCAAGUCCGCGCGAUCAGUACCGGGCGGUGGUGGUGGAGCGGACCACUUUCCCGCCCUGCUCGGACUGUCAGAGACUGAGGCUGGAGAACACGAAACUGAGGAUGGCCCUGGAGAAGUCGGGGUACAGAGAUCCAAACCGCCAAUACCAGGAGACAGUUGUUCGUACAAUCAUUCCUGCCAUGCCAAAACAAGGGGCAACGUCCACUCCAUUCAGAACUCCUCGGGAGCCAUCCCCGAUGACGAACGCUAGAGUAACUGAUUGGGAAACGAUUUGGGCGGGAACCCCGGACCUGAUCACCGCUCGGGCCCAGCCCAGUAAAAUGUCAAUCAGACCCGGUCAGGACCCUCCAGACAACACCGAGGCUUUGUACAAGGAGAUAGCCCGUCUCAGCAAGGAGCUGGAUUACCGGAUUUCCGAGGCUCAUCUUUGUCGACGGCGCCUUGGUGAGGCGACGCCCAAUACAUCCGGGUCACGCGGCGAUGUGUUUGCUUCCUCGAGAAACAGAGCAGGUAAAGAACAAUUGACAGACGAUAAAGAGAAGGUAGGACGUCUGUACUCGAAGAUGUUUGUCAACGAGUGGGAGGCGGCGCUACAGGUCCUAGAAACUUCCGGUAGGGAGUACCGGAAGUGCACGGAGCUUCUCUUCAGUAUUUUGGUGGAGAUAUACAAGUAUUCCGAGAGAAAGUCCGCGGAACAGCUCAGCAAAAUCAUAGAGGGAACGAACGAUGUGCUCAUGCAGUCUACGGGAGGUCGGCCUUUGUCAAGAUACAAUGUGAAGGCGGUUGGCGGUAUUGAGGCAAUGAUCUACCGUCGUAAGGUGUCGGAUAGCACAGUGGCGGCCAUUACACAGUUAUACACGGUGAAUAAUGUAGAAGAAUUCCAAAAACAGAACAUCACGCAGACGAUAAAGAAUAACAAAAAGAUAAAGGAUUAUGUCAGCAAGUGUGUAGAGGUCACUUGGUGCAUGUGUAUCCAGGAUCCCGCUAUGAACUUUGACCUCACGAGAAAGAAAGGUUACGCCUUUGACCUUUCUAGAUACCAAUACUACAGGACAGAAGGCACAAUCAUGGACUCUUUGGUUUGGCCAGUUCUUUUAUCACGGGCACAAGGGGCGGUGGUAUCCAAGGGUUGGGCCGACGCCGAGCCCAAGAAACCGAAAAAGGGCGGAGCUUCAAAGGCGGAGACUGCUAAUGGAUCAAGGGUUGAUUCAGUGAAAUAGAGCAUCCUGAUUUAUUUACGUUUCUCAAUGAAAGUUAAACCAGCAACUCAUCUUUACUCCAUACCAUUGUAUAUUCGAACUUCAUAAAAGUGUAUCUUAUGCGAACACUUCCGCAUACGUUUGCGCCAAUCGGGAACCUUCGACACUUUCCGUAAACGAGUAUAGUUUUCGAUGGACUUUUACUCCCAUUGACAUUGACACAUAUUUCCAGUAAUGCUGUAUUUAUUGGUCAUUGAUUUCCAUUACUGAAGGAUCUCUUGUGAGAGUUGACGUUUAUUUAUAGCUUACCUGUUUACUUAUAGCUUACCUGUUUACUUAUAGCUUACCUGUUUACUUAUCGCUUACCUGAUUACUUAUCGAUUACCUGAUUACUUAUCGCUUACCUGUUUUUUAUGGUUGAACUGUUUACUUCUCGCUUACCUGUUUACUAUGGAUUACCUGUUUAUUUAUCGCUUACCUGUUUACUAUGAAUUACCUGUUUAUUUAUCGCUUACCUGAUUACUUAUCGAUUACCUGAUUACUUAUCGCUUACCUGUUUUUUAUGGUUGAACUGUCUACAUAUCGAUUACCUGUUUACUUCUCGCUUGCCCGUCGUUUCCAUUUUCGCUAAACGUUUUCUUAUCGCUAUCCUGUUUACUUAUCGCUUACCGUGUAUGGCAACUAUCUUAAACAGAAUUAAUUAAACUAGAAUGUGCUCAAUUUUGUAUCGUGAAAUCUAUUCAAGUUUUCAGUGCUAGGUGUAGAACCGAUAUGGCUAACUCACUAAUUGGAUGGACAUCAAUCGAAGCGUACAUUGAUAGAAGAAAACUUUUGUUCCUUGGUCGAUUUGUGGGAUGAAUAGAAAAUAUUUAACCCAAACAGUAUUUCUGAAACGUCAUCUUAUAUUUUGUUUGUAUGAUUUUUAUCAAGGUGGUUUUAUUCCUGAUAUUGUGAGAAUACUGUACUAAAGUAGGUUUCAGACGCUGUUUUUACUAUUAAAAAAUCAUUGUGGAAAUCACUUGUGCACAAAGCAGUGUACUAUCAGGAAGAACUGAUGAUGUAUGACAGAAUGAUUAGCGAUUCUGAUUUUACAAGAUUUGUGCUUAUCCAUGAUACAAUUUGUCCACAUACUUUAUGGAAAUUAUCUUUGAAGUUCCCUGAGCACUUGGAUAGGAUAAAUAAUGUAGUGCGGUUGUGCGUAGGAACAAGAUUUAUCAAUAUAAUUGAGUUGUCAUUUUUGGGGUAUUUUACCCACUGACUUUACUACACACAUUGUCCUUCAUUGUACAAAAACUGAGAAACUCAGAGACAAUCUUUAGUGCCUUAUAAGUACUGAGUUUGAUAUGGAACUACUUGUUUACUUGCACUCCUUGUCAGAAUCCUAUUUAAUUAGCAUACUACUUGGAGGUAUCCUCCAUUACACAUUAUGUGAAUUAGAUUAUGAAAACUUUGUAUUGAAUUGUGCUAUUUCUAUUGAUAAAAUGAUGAAAUUGUAACAUCGAUAAAAUUGUAAUGAAAUACAUGUUAUUCUGAGAAUGAAUUACCCUGUUUAGAAUGUGCUUACAAUUGAUCACAGACGAACAA